GAACUACAUUUUCCACAAGAUUGUCAGUUACGCACUUCCGUGGUUCAUUGCGUAUUUCCUGUAUUGGUUGGCAGGAGGAAAGGCAGUAGGCAACAACGGAGUGUGUUUAUUGAGUUGGAUCAAGAAGUACUCGAUGAACAAUUUGGAUAUCUGUUUCGGGGCGUUUCAUCAUGAAGAAACAGGACACACAAGAGUCGUCCACGCAGGGCAGUGAUGCAGCACCUGGCACGGGAGAGAUGGAGGCAAGCAAGGUUACAGAGACCAGUAGCCCAAAAGAGCAAGAGCAGGACAUGCCUUCACGAGCUGAUGGGGCUGAAAGCGCAGUGGCUGCCGUUUCCAACACAGCAAAGUCUGCAGCCGUCCCCACGGUCCCACCUGUAGCAGACCCUGUACCAGUCUCCACUGUAGCAGACCCUGUACCAGUCUCCACUGUAGCGGACCCUGUACCAGUCUCCACUGUAGCGGACCCUGUACCAGUCUCCACUGUAGCAGACCCUGUACCAGUCUCCACUGUAGCAGACCCUGUACCAGUCUCCACUGUAGCGGACCCUGUACCAGUCUCCACUGUAGCAGACCCUGUACCAGUCUCCACUGUAGCAGACCCUGUACCAGUCUCCACUGUAGCAGACCCUGUACCAGUCUCCACUGUAGCGGACCCUGUACCAGUCUCCACUGUAGCGGACCCUGUACCAGUCUCCACUGUAGAGGACCCAGUACCAGUCUCCACUGUAGCAGACCCUGUACCCCUCCCGGUCUCCACUAUAGAGGAGGGGGUGUCGUCUCAGUGUGACAUGGCUGAGGAGCUGAGCCGCCAGCUGGAGGACAUCCUCAACACCUACUGCCUGGAGGACAACGGGGAGGACGGGGUUAACCUGCCCCACGGCCAAUCAUACUGCCCCGUGCUCAACGGCCUGGCCAAUGAGAAGGAGUUGGAUGCCAAGCCGGACGAGGUCAAAGUGAACGCCGGCGGAGUGGAGAAAGUGAAGAUUCAAGAGAAGAAGAAGGUGAAAGGGCUGGGUAAAGAGAUCACCCUGCUGAUGCAGACCCUGAAUACUCUGAGUACUCCAGAGGAGAAACUGACAGGCCUCUGUAAGAAGUAUGCUGAACUGCUGGAGGAGCGGCGGAACAAUCAGAAGCUAAUGCGGGUCUUGCAGAAGAAACAGUCUCAGCUGGUGCAGGAGACGGACCACCUGAGGAACGAACACAGCAAGACCAUCCUGGCACGCAGCAAACUGGAGUCGCUCUGUCGGGAGCUGCAGAGACACAACCGCACACUCAAGGACGACGGGACGCAGCGUGCACGUGUGGAGGAGGAGAAGAGGAAGGAAGUGACGUCACACUUCCAGGUGACUCUGUAUGACAUCCAGGCCCAGAUGGAGCAGCAUGACGAGAGGAAUGCCAGUCUGAGGCUGGAGAACUCUGAGCUGGCAGAGAAGCUCAAGAAACUCAUCCAACAGUACGAACUACGAGAGGAGCACAUUGACAAGGUGUUUAAGCAUAAGGAACUGCAACAACAGUUGGUGGAUGCUAAGCUACACCAGGCUCAGGGUUUGCUCAUAGAGUCAGAGGACCGCCAUCACAGAGAGAAGGACUUUCUGCUGAAGGAAGCGGCAGAGUCUCAGAGGAUGUGUGAGCUCAUGAAGCAGCAGGAGGUGCAUCUCAAACAACAGCUGUCCUUAUACACAGAGAAGUUUGAGGAUUUCCAGACGACUCUGUCCAAGAGCAACGAGGUGUUCACCACAUUCAAACAGGAGAUGGAGAAGAUGACGAAGAAGAUCAAGAAGCUGGAGAAGGAGACGACCAUGUAUCGUUCCAGGUGGGAGAGCAGCAACAAGGCCCUGCUGAACAUGGCUGAGGAGAAAACUGUGCAGGAGCGUGAGUUUGACAGCCUCCAGGGGAAGGUAGGGAGGCUGGAGAAGCUCUGUCGGGCAUUGCAGAACGAACGCAACGAACUCAGCAAGAAGGUACAGGGCCUUAGCGCCGGCCCCGAGGACGACCCCAGCCCAGGAGAUGAAUCCAACUCCCUCCCCCCCAUAGACUCCCAGGAGCCCAGCCCAGACACCACCACCCCUAGUUCCUCCACACCCUGCUGCCACUUCAGCCCAGAGUUGGCCACUGAGAACCAGGCCUGUGCAGCCUCCCUCACUGCCCAGGAAUGAAACCUCUCGUCUGGGCAACAACGCUCCCACUCUCCUCUUCACCAACCAACUUCCAGCCUGCAAGCCAAGCCACUACUAACAUAGGGGUUAAGAGUGUGGGUCUGUGUAAUUCCCUCAAGAAUAAGAUGAAGUUGUCCCCUAACCACAGAUCUAGAAUCAGUUUCCAUUUGGUCCAUCCUAACUAAAACCCAAUAGGGCGGUGCAAGAGAACCUGAUCCUGGAUUUGUAUUCGGGGAUCAGCGUCUACUUACUCUGGUUUCCCCCUGGAGAGUUGAAGGUGAUGUCAGUCAGGGGAGAUUGUGCCGCCUUGAAGGUUCUUAUCCUGCGUUUUUUAUUUGUCCUUUCCUUUGAGAAGUCCUGUACGCAAUAUUCAUGUAAAUCACAAGCUAAGGAAAAUCUGCACCCCAAUUUGCACCCUAUUCCCUAAAUAGCGCCCUAUAUUUCACCAGAACCAUAUGGGAAUAGACUGUCACAAUUGGCACCCUAUUCCCUAAAUAGUGCCCUAUAUUUCACCAGAACCAUAUGGGAAUAGUCUGCGCCCCAAUUGGCACCCUAUUCCCUAUAUAGUGCCCUAUAUUUCACCAGAACCAUAUGGGAAUAGCCUGUCACAAUUUGCACCCUAUUCCCAAAAUAGUGUCCUAUAUUUCACCAGAACCCUAGAUGUUGGACCACAAGAGUAUUUAGUAUGUGUGUACGUGUCUCCAUCGGUCUUUCUUUUGUGUGUGUGUGUGUGUGUGUGUGUGUGUGUGUGUGUGUGUGUGUGUGUGUGUGUGUGUGUGUGUGUGUGGCAUACAGAGAUACAGUGAAGCAGCAGAUGUCUGGCCACAGUUGGACUUCAACCCAGAGCAUGUAGGGAUCAUCACCUUUUCAGUUCAAAGAUCAGUGUGUAUAUCUCUAGGUUGGAGAUGUCACUUUUUUUCAUUCUGUUCUAGAUAUCAUUGUUUAUCCUAGAACCAGAGGUCCAGAGCGUUAAUGGAUUAUGUACGUAUUCUGUAGGAAUCUUGUGCAAUCGGUGGAUCUACAGAAAGUACUCUAACCAAGGGGUGUGUAAUGUCUCGGAACCAACAGGAAGCUAAUAGGGCAAACCAGGGAAGGGACUAAACUGAACUUGUCCAAUAUGAAACGCGUUUUCCAUUGCAAAAUGUUUCACUACAGUGUGCACUACUGAAUACACCCCAAGAAUAGAGGGAAUAGCCUUGUGUUUUGGUUUGUUUAUUUUUUUAUUUAACCUUUAUUUAACCAGGCAAGUCAGUUAAGAACACAUUCUUAUUUUCAAUGACGGCCUAGGAACAGUGGGUUAACUGCCAGUUCAGGGGCAGAACGACAGAUUUGUACCUUGUCAGCUCGGGGGUUUGAACUCACAACCUUCCGGUUACUAGUCCAACGCUCUAACCACUAGGCUACCCUGAGUUUGUAGACUGUUUUUGAUAUGUUAUUUUAACACAUGUGUAUCUAAUGGAGAAUCACCACUAUAUAUAGAUAUCAGUCAACAAUUUUUUUAUGAUUUGUUAACUAAUUGAGAUUUUUUUUUUUCGUCAUCAUUCCCACAAUAUGCAUGUAUCCAUUCCACACUCUCAUAUUCCUUGUUUUCCAAUGUCAUUCUACAACAUUUGAUCCGAUGGAAUGUUUUUUUCAUGCUGCCUUUCCUUGUUAUCAUGAGCCAUGUAUAUGUUUAAUAUGUAAGAUUCCAUUAACCACUAAAACAGAUAUUGAAAUGUACUGACCAAGGUUGGCUACCAAUAAUGAAUGCCUGUGUGUGGGUGAGUGUACGUAUGUUAGCAAGAUUUGUUGAAUCACAACUCGGAUAGUUUGAUUUGUUAAUCAGGUGCAAGUAAUAAAAUAUUUUAACUGAUC